CUUUUAAAAAAUAGGUCUUUUAUUGUGUAAGAGCUUGGCGGAAGUGAGCUGUCAGUGGUGCUGGCUGUCGGGCCCCCUCACGGAGGACUGUGGUGUACAGCUGCAGAGAUGCGAGACGCGGAAAAACAACGAGGGGGGGCUGGAAAAUAACCCCAGAAAAGAAGCGAUCGGAGAUGGUUCCGGAUGCAGAAGAACCCCGGAGAUAAAACCCCAAAGCGGUGACGGCACCUCGGAUCGCGCAUUGAUCCUCUAACGGGAGGAGGAGGAGGAGGGACGGGAGGGGUCGAUCAUGGGGAACGAAGCGAGCCUGGAAGGAGGCGAGGGGCUGCCGGAGGGGCUGGCUCCCGACGGGAAGGGGGGCUUCGUCCGGGUCUCCGAUGGCACCCCCGUCAACCUGAGCGAGCUCAGCGAGGAGGACCGGAGGCGGAUCUCCGCUGCCGUGGCCAGGGCGCAAGGCAGGCAGCCCGGAGGCGCAGCUGCUGCACGAAGAACUUCAGCUGUUGAUGCCCAGCAGGUAGGACCCUCCAGGGGCCCGGCGGGUCUCAGUAAGAGCCGAACUGUUGACGCCUUCAACCAAGGUCCACCUGGCAAGCCCACACCAGGUCGCAGCCCAUCAUCUCUCAGUCUAUUUGAGUCUAGAUUUCGGCAGGAGCCCAAAUCGGAGACCAAGUCAUCCGGUAUGUUUGGCUCCAGCUUUCUCAGCGGGGCGAACCCGCUCAGCGCCGUGUCAUCCAUGACUUCCUCGGUUUCAUCCUCGAUAUCGUCUAUGGGGGAUGCUGUCAACAUCCCCAAGUUUGGCCUGUUUGACGAGGAAGGAGAUCCACCGCCGGCUUCCGAUUCCAACAAGCAGGGAGGGAAGCAGCAAGGAAAAGGCCCUCAGCAAGGACCGGGUCCAAAGGGCCCGCCGCAGGGAGGACCGCAGAAGCAGGGUCAGGGCCCUCCUGGGCAGGGUGGAAAACCAGGGCCACCAGGUCAAGGACCCAGACAAGGCAGCCAAGGGCCGAAACCAGGACAGGGGCCUCCUGGACAGGGGCCCAAACAAGGUCAGGGGCCACAGGGUCAAGGACCACCCGGACAGGGGCCCAAACAAGGUCAGGGGCCACAGGGUCAAGGACCACCCGGACAGGGACCCAAACAAGGUCAGGGGCCACAGGGUCAAGGACCAAAACCAGGUCAAGGUCCUCCUGGUCAAGCUCCAAAGCAAGGGCAGGGCCCACCAGGUCAACAGGCACCAAGACCAAAUCAGGGUGGACCUCCCCAGCAAAAAAGUGACCCACAACAGCAAGGACCUGGAAAACAGGGCCCCAAACAAGGCUCUGGACCUCCAGGUCCAACAGGUGGACUAUGCCCGUUGUGUAAGACCACCCAGCUAAACACCGGAUCUAAGGAGCCACCAAACUACAACAACUGCACCGAGUGUAAGAACCAGGUCUGCAGCCUCUGCGGCUUCAGCCCCCCAGACUCAGGGGGUAAAGAGUGGCUCUGUCUGAACUGUCAAAUGCAACGCGCAAUGGGAGGAAUGGACCCCCCUGGCCUGGCGAAACCCAAGCAAGGUUCGGCUCCACCCUCUCCCCAACGGCAGGCGUCUGGGAAGCCCGGAAAACUCCUGAUAAAGCAGCAGAGCACCAGUGACCAAGGGUUAACGCCGCCUACCACCCCCAGGCAGAAAUCUCCAGGCGCUUCGUCGCCAGGACCCUCUUCGCCGGGGUCCUCCCUGGCCGGCUCCCCAAAAAUUGACCCGAAGACUGGUCGCCCUCUGCAGCCUAAAUCCAGUCCCCAGCAGUCUCCUGCUAAAGCAAAGCAGGAAUCUAGCUUCUUUGGGGGACUGGGGGGUCUAAGUCUCGGAGGCCUCACAGACGUGGCCAAACCUCCUGCCGCUGCUUCUGAGUCGGUUACAGGGAAACUGUUCGGUGGAUUUGGUGGAUUAAUGGACUCGUCGAAGCCUCCAGCGCAGGGCGCGCCCAAACAGGAGGAGUCAGUCGCUGGGAAAUUGUUUGGGGGUUUCGGAGGCCUGACGGAAACCGCCAAACCUCCCGCCGCUGCAUCUCAAAUGUUCAGCUUCGGGUCAUCUCUCCUGAACUCGGCCACCAACCUCGUCUCUGGAGAGGACGGCAAAGAACCCGAAUCUCCUCCGGGAUCGCCACCGGACUCUCCGUUCUCCGCCCCCGGGUCCCCCCCAGAUUCAGACUCCGCCCCUGACACCCCACCCGCCAAGUCCAGGAAGCCUCCCAGAACCGCUUCGACAGAGGUGGAAGAGAAACCCCCAGCAGAUGAACCGGGUCCUCCUCCGACCACAGCAGCCAAAGGAAACUGUCCUCUCUGCAACGUGGAUCUGAACACGGGAACAGACGGCGCGCCGAACUACAAUCUGUGCACCGAGUGCAAGAAGGACGUGUGCAACCUCUGUGGAUUCAACCCCACUCCUCAUUUAGGAGAGAAAGAAUGGCUUUGUCUGAGCUGUCAGACCCAAAGAGCCAUGUCAGGCCAGCUGGGGGACGUCCCGACACCGCCCACGACGUCUCCAAAGAAGCAGCCACCUGCUCCCGCUCCCGCCCUCUCCUCCACCCCUGCUGUUGUAGAUAGCAAACCCGUAGUGGAAGCUCCAGACGCAACUCCCCCCACCUCUGAGAGCAAGGUUAAAAUGGAGGAGAGUUCAAAGGAGCCUGCAGUAAAAGAAGUGUUGGCCCAAGAAGGCAUUCUAACGCCACCAUCAGACCUGGCAAAGCUAGAAAGUUCUGUCCUUCCCAUUCUUGAGACCCAGGGAGACCCAACAGAGGAGAAUAAAACUGACUCUCUCAAGACUAGACGUAAAUUGGAAGUACUUCCACUUUCGCCUGACUCACCCAGUUCAGAAGAGGACAAUAAACUUCAAGAGAAGACUGGAGUGAAUGGUACUGCUAAGAAAAAGCUUCUUGUACCUAUGGAUAUUAGAGCAGAUUCCCUGGAUGAUAGCAGUGAGAGCUUCGGAAAAGAUAGCCCAGCAUCAGGAGAUGAAGAGGAAUUUAUUAGAAAACAGAUCAUGGAAAUGAGUGAAAAUGAGGACGCGUCACCGACGGAUGAAGAAAACCUCAUCAGACGAAAGAUCAGGGAGGAUGAGAAGAAACGAAUGGACCAAAAGAAAACCGAAACAGUUGAGAAGAGCGCAACAGCAAAAAGUAGACGACUCACGAAGAAAACCACCAUAAGCCCAGAUGACGAGGAUAAAGGGCAUCCCAUUUCAUUGGAUAACUCCGACACACAAAAAGAGAAGGAAAUUGAACCAAAAGAAGAAGAGCAGCAAAGUGGUACUGCGGUUCGUAAGUUCCAAGAAAUGGAGUUGAAUACAACUAGUAGCCCCAUUCGUAUACCUAAUACUGAUGGAGAACCUGAAAUGGAAAGUCUCACUGACUCUCCAGAUGAUAAGUCCAAGGGUGAUGGGUCAUCUAGUCUACAUGCAUCAAGUUUCACUCCUGGAACGUCCCCUACAUCUCUCUCAUCUUUGGAUGAAGACAGUGACAGCAGUAGUCCAGGCCAUAUUCGUUCAGGUGAGGGGAAACAGCACAGAAAAGCCAAACACAGACAGACUGGUCAAAUGCUGCCAACGAUCGAAGAUUCCUCAGAGGAAGAAGAGUUACGAGAAGAGGAAGAACUGCUUAGGGAGCAAGAAAAACAAAAGGGAUCAGGGAAAAAGUCAAAAAAAGACAAAGAUGAGAUUCGAGCUCAAAGGAGGCGAGAGCAUCAAAAGACGCCACCAAGUAACCUUUCUCCAAUUGAAGACGCUUCACCAACCGAAGAACAGAGGCAAGAAGCAGAAAUGGAGGAAAUCAGACGAUCGUCGUGCUCUGAUUUUUCUCCAAGUAUUGAGUCUGACCCAGAAGGCUUUGAAGUUCAUGCUGCAAAGAUUGCAGCAGUUCAGAAAACAUAUCAACUGCCUACUUCAGAAUCUCUCCAUUCUCCAACAGAAGAUCAAAACGGUGACAAACCUCAGAAAAAAGCCCUUAAAUCUGCUGAUGAAGUCUAUGAGGAGAUAUUGUUGAGGGCUAAGUCUCCAAUUCUUGAUGAAAGUGAGAGUCAACUCAAAAAAGAGUCCAUUCAUGAAGGUAUUUUGAUUGAAGACUAUGCCUUCACAUCUACUACAGCGGCUGGUUUAGAAGAGCAACAGAAAAUAUCUGUGCCUCCUCAGCCCAAACCGCUGAGAUCCCCAGAUGAGGUUUAUGAAGACAUGAUAAAGAAGAGAAAAGAGUUCAUGAAGCUGGAGCAGGAAUACCAAAAUAUGCAGCCAAAGAAAGAAAACACUAACCCAGAAAUUGUGCUACAACCAGCUGAGAAUAUAGUCUCCAAAAGCAGCACAGUGACACUCAACAAAGAUGGGAAGCCAUUGUUAGAUGCUGAAGCUGCUUAUGAGGAGUUAAUGAAACGAGUUUUGACUCCUGGAACAAGUCCAACUCAACUGGAGCCAGAGGGAGAUUCAACUCCUUUAAGGAAGGCUCUUCAUCCAAUUCCAGACCUAAAAGUGACGCAGUGCUCCUCUGGAGAGCUGUCGUCUGAUGAUGAGAGUUUAGUUAAAAAGGAAGAGGAGAAAAAAACAGAUACAACAUCGACUGUAGAAACUACAUCUUUGAACAAAGUUCCCGAGCCAACACCACUGUCCACAUCAGAGCAGGAACCUCAAACCACAAUCACAAUUUCACAAGCAGAUGCUGUAGACUUAUCUAGUACAUUACCAAAAACAUCAGCUGCUGUGAUUGCCAGUGUUUCACCUUUACCCACAGUUCCACAAUAUACACCCAGUACACCCAGUAUAGUGUCAACUGCCCCACCUGUUCCUCCUAAGCCAAAUGUCUUGCGCAGGGGUACCUCUCAGGAAAAAGAUGAACCUUUUGUACCACCUGCCCCUCCUCCCACUCCACCGAAACCCACAGUUUUCCCAAGGAAAGCCCCAGUUCCUCUUCCCCCUCAGGCUUCAGCAACUUCAACAAGACCAGAACCAGUGGCUAUGACUACACCCCAAGGAUCACCUGUGAGACAGGCAGUUACUCCAACAUACAAACCUCACCUUCCUCCACCCGUUCCUCCAAAGCCACAAAUACCUGCUGGAAUUGGGGACAGUCACAAACCAGGAGUCAAACCUCCAAUUGCACCAAAGCCUGCCUCACAGUCAUCUUCUCCUGCACAUGCCCCACAUCCAUCAAGACCAACUGUACUUCCCACUGCCAAUUAUGAGACAGUUCUAAAUCUGAGCCCCUCCUCAGAAAGCAAGUCAUUUCAUCCCUCACCAAAAUCUCCCUCUUCUCCGAGACAUGCAAGCAAUCUCCAUGAUACUUAUGUGGUCAUAACAUUGCCAUCCCAGCCUAGUUCUCCAGUAGAUAAUAUAACAACUCAAGCACCCUCUAGCCCUGGGCCAGCAUCUUUUUCGCAGAAACCUGACCCUGAUAGUUAUUCCCAAUCACAGCCUGUGUCAUAUUCACAGCACUAUCAACAGUCAGCUCAGUCUCACUCAACUAGAGUACCUCUGGCUUAUACACGUGUCACAGAAUCCAUCGAAAGUCAAGAGAUUUGUAGCCCAGAAAAACGUGUAUCUAGUUCCUGUCAUAUAAUUGAGGCUAUAUCUGCUUCAGCACAGCCACCAGUGGGUAUACCUAAUCUGAUUUCUCAAAUGGUCACUACAGAAGUUCAAAGAACCACUGUCUCUGUUGUUCAUGAAAGGUCACCCCCACCGGUGCCAGCACCAAGGGCCAAUGGUGUCCCCAUCUCAACAGAAAAACCCAAAAGCCAGUUGCCUGCUCAAAAUGGACAAACUCAAUCUUCUGAGGUGGUUGAUCUUAGGACUGUAAAGGUGGAUUCUGGCUCAAUUGUAAAUGGAGUUGAUCUGACAACUGGGCAAGAUGUGCAACGUCAGUCUUUUGUGGGUGAAGUAAGUCGACACAGCAGUGCUGUGCAGUCACCUGUGGUCAACCUCAGCACGGAAUCCUCAACUGUUUCUAUAAUGACGGACAGUAUCACUAUUGUGACAUGCUCUGCGACAAUCCAGCGCUGUGACAAUGCAGACAUUUGCCAAGUGUCUUCAGUGCCACUUCAGCUAACCAAAAACAAGGCUUUUGAACCUGUUUCUCAAAUUAUAUAUCGGCCAAUUGAUUCCCAGCCAAGUACACUUGCCACAACAGAAAUUCCCAUUAACCUUUCAGUCGGAUCGAGCACAAGUGGAGGAAGUUUCCAGGCUGCCCCUAUAACUAUUGCUCCAACUCUAGUUGCAAGCUGUGCUGCCAAUGGAUUAACUACAGGUACAGCAACAGUUGCUGGAGCUGUUGAUCUUAGUACGACGAAACAUUUCAAUACUGCAGUAUCAGUAGAUUCUAUCUCUACAGAUGUGGUUACAACAGUGAUAACAGAUGAUGGGAAACCAGUGGAUCUGACAGCCGGAAAAAGAGCUGUAUGCUGUGACGUUGUGUACAAACUCCCAUUUGCUGGAAGCUGUACUACCCAACAACCCACCACACCUUUGCCUGAAGACCGGUUUGGCUAUCGUGAUGACCACUAUCAGUAUGAUCGCUCACCUUACGGCAUGAGAGGAUUUGGUGGAAUUAAACCUUCAAUGUCAGACACCAACCUUGCAGAAGCUGGGCUGUUUAUGUACAAGAGUAAAAACAGCUACAAUUUCAGUGGCACAACAGAGGGUGCAGUAGAUCUUACCUCAGCAAAGAUUUCUGAUGCAGGUGAAGCUGUUGACUACUCCAAGAAAGGAGCAAACGCCGGAAUGAUAAUUCCACCUUUUUCCCAAACCAGAAUCACAAGUGAUGACACCACACUAUUUGGAACAAGCAAUGUUUUGAGAUCCACGAAUGGAGUAGUUUAUUCUUCUGUUGCUGCACCAGUCCUAUCCACAUAUGCUAUCACUACCCAGCCUGGAUCUAUCUUUAGUACAGCAUACAAUACCCUCUCAGGUAUGCACACAAGUGACACCAUGCCUUCCCUGUCCAAUCUCCAAAAUCUCCCACUUACCCGAUCUCAGAGUUUCUUGUCAACCAUUCCUGGAACAGAAGAACAAAGAGAAACUCCUCUUAAUUUAGAGAUCUCAAGAGGAGUUGCCUCUACUGGCAGUGCCAUCACAAAAGCAGCAUCUUUAUCCCUCGACACCUACACUGAUGCUUCACUUGAAGCUAUUGCUGCUUCUCUUGAGGCUUUGUCUUCGCCCAUGGUUCCUGGUGAUGACCAGUAUCUAGCAGAGCGGGAGAGGCUAGAGAUGGAGAAACUUAAGCAACAACGCCUGGCGGAGGAACUUGAAUGGGAGCGGCAUGAGAUUCAGCGGUUCCGCGAACAAGAACAGCUACUAGUACAGAAAGAAUUGGAGGAGUUACAAAUCAUGAAGCAACAAAUCCUAAGCCAGCAGGAAGAAGAAAGACAGGCUCAUCUUAUGAUGCAGAAAGAAACCUAUGCCCAGCAACAGCAGCAACUUGAGCAGAUUCAGAGACUCCAAGAACAGUUGCGCAUUCAAUUGGAGGAGCAGAAGCUUCGUCAGAUGUAUCCUGGUGGGGACAUACCAGGACAUGGGUUGCAAGAGGCAGUUGUCUUGGGGCCUGAUGGCACAGUACUCUCCCGAAAGAUCACUGAUAGUGGGUGCCAGACAGAUGAGGAAGAUGAAACUGUCAGCAAAGCAUACACAGCAGGGAGAAAAAAGAGAAGUGUUAAGAAGAGUGUUGAUAGCUGUGUCCAGACAGAUGAUGAGGAUCAAGACGAAUGGGAAGCACAGACUAGAAACAGGCAAAGUAGACCACGUACUGCUAGGGGUGAUAGGAUUGGGCAGUCAGAGAUGUCUCUUCAAGCUCAUACUGAAAUUUCUAUACAAACAGAUGCAGAGGGAAAUAUUUUAAUGGAUGCCAGGAUGGAACUGUCUGACUCUGAAAGGUCCUCACCUAAGAAAAGACCUACGCCCUUGGAAAUAGCCCAAUCUACCAAACUCAAACCAGAUACUUCAACACUCCAAGCCCCUCCCAAAUCACCCAAAGUGCUUUACUCGCCCGUUUCCCCUUGUAUAUCUCCAAGCAAAUCUCUUGAAUUUGUUUCCUAUGAUAAGUCGUUAGGGGAUACAAGCCCACAGAAGCUAAGAGGAACAACUGAUAUAGCAAAAGCCUCCCCAGCUAGCCCCAAAGGACAAAAAAUGCAGAGAUCCAUGUCGGAUCCCAAGCCCAUGAGUCCGACUGGAGAAGAAAGAGCAUCAUCAGGCACCCAGUUUGAUGGCCACACAGGCAAAGGUUCAGCUGGCACACCGACAAGUUUGCAGAAGAAGGUGAAGAGGACUCUCCCAAAUCCACCAUCAGAAGAAGAAUCAACAACCAGUGGUCAGACAGCAUACAGCACUAGCUCUGCACGUCGAAGACAGUGUCGAAAUUCCAAUAUGGCACGUGCAAAGAUCUUACAAGACAUAGAUCGUGAGCUGGAUUUGGUAGAGCGUGAGUCUUCAAAACUCCGCAAAAGACAAGCUGAACUAGACGAAGAGGAAAAAGAAAUUGAUGCCAAACUAAGAUACUUGGAAAUGGGAAUCAAUCGUAGAAAAGACGUACUGCUGAAGGAAAGAGAGAAGAGGGAAAGGGCUUACCUGCAGAGUGUUGCAGAGGACAGAGACUACAUGUCCGACAGUGAAGUUAGUAACAUCAGAGAAAUUAGAGGUGGACACGGGGCUGGUGAGGAUGAGGAAAUUGAAAGUCAUGGUCUUGAACGCCCAAGGACAGCUCCUCAGUCAGAGCUGGAUGACUUUGUUCCACCCCAAACAAAGCACGAGUAUGAAAAGUACUCUCAAUACCAGUACCCUCAAAGCCAAUAUCAGCAUUCUAUCUAUCAGACUCCACAGUCUUACCCAUCUCAUUCUAUCUACUCUUCUGUCCCAUCCCUUACGAGCUCACAACAACAGAGUUACCAGCAGAUGCUUUUGCUGCAACAAAAAGCUGCAAGACAAGCAGCCCUCCUCUCAGAGCUAGAUGCAACGAAAUAUGACGUCAUUAGCCGGCAACCUGAUCCAACAUCAUCAGCCUACCUUGGUGUAAAAUAUGACAAAUAUGGCAACCACCUCGAUCUCAGGGCCUUGGAAGUGGGAAGUAUAGCAGGUAGCCCAAUGUCAGCUGUUUCUGAUUCUUAUUACACAGACGUAGACCACCAUACACCUCGAAGCUACAUGCUUUUGGAAGAUGCUGCAGAAUUAGGAAAGACCCCAACAAGUCUUUCUUCAUCAUACAGCCUCGCUGAGAGAGAGCUGGCAAAAGCUGAAAAACUGUUGCGCCGGAGUGCUGCAGAUUUAGGAUCUACUGACUAUUUGGGCUCCACCUCGAGGCUUCAUGCCUUUGGAAAGACGCCUGAUGAAGAAGAUACAAUGGAGGAACCCUAUGAACUAAAGCUUUUGAAGCAGCAACUCAAGCAAGAGUUCAGGAGAAGUACAGGAGGAACAGAAAACUUGGAACAAAUGACAGGUCUCUCCCAGCAUUACUAUACUCCGAGCUCCGGCAUAUCUAGCUACUCCCAAAGACAUUACCCUAAGUCUGAGAAAUACAGCAUGAGUCGACUUACUCUAGAGAAGCAGGCAGCAAAACAGCUUCCAACAUCUAUGUUGUAUCAAAAACACAAGACUCCUAUACUAGAUCCAAAACUCUCCUCAAAGUAUUCCUCUAUUUCAGACAGUCGAGCUUUAGAGACUGACUAUACCAGCUACCUGGGCUCUUCCAGUGCCUCCCCAAGAUCUAGUCGGUUAAUGCAGGAUGAAAUUACGUUUGGUCUUCGUAAGAAUAUUGCUGAACAACAAAAGUAUCUUGGAUCCACUUUGGGGGCCAACUUGGCUGGUUCACUAAACUUGGGUCAGAGCUUGGGUUUGGACUCUGCUUAUCCUAGUGGUAGUCGCUCAAGACCCUCCUCCAGGCCAACAUCGUGCUAUGGCUUAGACUUGUCUAUUAAAAGGGACCUCUCCAGCUCUUCGCUGAGGCUCAAAGGAGACGGUGAAGCAUCUGGAGAUGGUUUGAGUUACCAAACCCCCUCUGGUCGCACCAAACCCACAAGCCUUCCCAUCGUACAAAGUGGCCGUGGCCGAAUACCCAUUGUAGCACAGAACUCAGAGGAAGAGAGUCCGUUAAGCCCUGUUGGACAACCAAUGGGCAUGGCCCGUGCAUCAGCAGGACCUUUGCCUCCAAUCUCAGCUGAUUCGAGGGACCAGUUUGGUUCCUGCCUGUCCUUGCAGGAUUCUCAGCAACAGCAACAUAUCAGGGAAGAACCAACAAGGGGCAGAGGUUAUGCAAUAAUGGACGAUCUUCAGGGUACAAUGUCAGAUAGCGAAGCCCUAAGUGAAUCCAUGCUGGCUUUGAACAGAGACGAUGCAACCAAUGCCUACCAUCUUAGACGAGAAGAAACGGACUGGUUUGAAAAGCCGAGAGAUGGACGAACAGAUAAUGGAAGGGAAAAGAGACAGGGAAAAGGUCCAUAUUACCCAUUCCCUCACCUCAGGGUCAAACUGCAGAGGGAUCCCAAAGACCGCACUGUCUCAGGAAACGGUCUGGGUAUCCGUGUGGUCGGAGGAAAGGAAGUUCCCGGGAGUAACGGAGAAAUAGGAGCGUAUGUUGCCAAAGUUCUGCCCGGCGGAGCUGCAGAACAAACCGGAAAGAUUCUUGAAGGAAUGCAAGUCCUGGAGUGGAAUGGCGUUUUUCUGACGGGGAAAACCUACGAGGAAGUACAAGGGCUUGUUGGGCAGUUGUGUAAUGAGGCAGAAGUGUGCGUCAGACUUGACCUCAACAUGCUGGCGGAGUGUGAGGGUUCCCAACACCUGGACUUCCAGGAGCACAGUAAGGGUGAGAGACCGCCCAGGUCUCCAGGUGUUGAUCCAAAACAGCUGGCGGCUGAGCUGCAGAAAGUUUCCCAGCAGCAGGCGCCGUCAUCCACGUCUUCAUCCAGCCUGCCCGCCCCCACGUCCGCAACUUCCAGCCCCGCUCAGCCAGGCUCCCCCUCCAUCAGCAAAAAACGCCACAGCAGCAAGACUUCAGAAGGAAUGAAGAUCCAGUCCCAUCCCAUCUCUGGAGAGAUCCAGCUCCAAAUCCACUAUGACAAGCAGCUCGGCAACUUGAUUGUUCACGUGCUGCAGGCCAGAAACCUUGCACCGCGGGACAACAACGGCUACUCUGACCCAUUUGUAAAAGUCUAUCUCCUUCCGGGUAGAGGUCAGGUCAUGGUUGUCCAGAAUGCAAGCGCUGAGAACAAGAGGAAAUCCAAACACGCGGGAAAGAGUCUCAACCCUGAGUGGAACCAGACGGUCAUCUAUAAGAACAUCCAUUUGGAGCAGCUGAGGAAGAAGACUCUGGAGGUGAGCGUCUGGGACUACGACAAGGGCUCUUCCAACGAUUUCCUUGGAGAGGUCCUCAUCAGCCUUUCCGACACCGCCCAGCUGGACAACAUCCCUCGAUGGCUCCCCCUCAAGGAGCAGAGCGAGGGCGAUCACCACAGGCGUUCCCACUCGGGCCAGGGCCGGCACAGCUCCUCCAAACCGUCGUCGCAGCACUCCUCCCCGAAAACCACUGCCUCCGUGCACGAAAAUCAGGACUCCCCCAAAUCAUCCGUCACCAAAAGCCGAAGCCAUGGGAUCUUUCCCGAUCCAGCCAAGGUGCGCUCCAGCUACAGGUCCGGGGACGCCCCGGUGACGGCGGCCUCGCUGGACAGCGGGCUGAGUGGAAGCGCCUACAGUCUACUGGAUGAAGAGGAAGAGGCAAACGAGGUGGACAGCGCCAUCUUCCACGUGCCCCGACUAGGAAAAAUCCCAAAUGGAACAGAUGUGAUGUCCUCAUCAACAGUACACAGUGACAUUGAAGGUAAAACUCAGGUAAUGGGGGAGAUCAAGAUUGCCCUGAAAAAGGAGAUGAAGACAGAGGGGGAGCACCUGAUCCUCGAGAUCCUUCAAUGCCGUAACAUCACCUACAAGUUUAAGACUCCAGACCACCUGCCUGAUCUCUACGUGAAGCUGUAUGUGGUGAACAUCGCCACCCAGAAGAGGAUCAUCAAGAAGAAGACCAGGGUGUGUCGUCACGACCGGGAGCCAUCCUUCAACGAAACGUUCCGCUUCUGUAUGAACCCGACCGGACACUCGCUGCAGCUCUUCUUGGUGUCAAACGGCGGCAAGUUUGUCAAGAAGACUCUCAUCGGAGAGGCCUACGUGUGGCUGGAUAAAAUCGACCUACGCAAGCGCGUGGUGAGCUGGCACAAGCUGCUCGCCAGCACCGCCCAGAUCCACUCCUAGAGAGGGAGCGAGGGUGAUGCAGGGAUUUGAACGGACAGGAAUCGGGCGGGAUUCGGGAACUGGACGUUUGGGCUUAUUUUUCAGCCUUUCAGGAAGUCUAGAGUGAUUCCAAGGACUCAUGUUUACAGGAGGCAGGCCUCAUGAGAACACAAGUGCUGAGGUCAGAGGAUCAAAAUCAACCAGGUAUUACACGCUUUAACUCACACACACUUCACACUCACACACAGAAGGAACUGUCAUUCCAAAAGAUACAGGGAACACUCGUACUUUCUAACCCAUUAGCUCAGCUGAUAAUGAUUUCGUCACUGCAGAACUCUUGAUUUACAAAGCAUUUUUGAGGAUGUGUCGGCUUCUGCCAUAGAGACUUUCUAUUUAUUUUUGUAUUAUAAUAUAUGUAUUGUUUCUUUUCUGUUCACCUACUUAAACCCUUUGAAAAAAAAAUCCCUUAAAGGAAGCAUAUUUUCUAAUACACUACCUAGCAUUCCAGUUUAAAAGUGAAAAAUAUCUUUUGAUUUUAUCAGCUUUCUUUAGAAAUAUUUUGAUUUACCUAAUAAGAAAUACUAUUUGAUGAAAUCAAUAAAGAGGAGAGAAAUUUUAAAUUGGAUAUUAUACGAUACUUUGUGCACAUAUCUGCUCUGCACAAUAAAAGACCUUCGUGGUUCACUUUGUAAAUAGUGAAGUGUCAUAGAUAGAGUAUAAAUAGAUAUCUUUAUCACAGACAAUCGAGUCUUGAUGAUUGUGGCAUAGAAGUUUUCUUCCUUUCAUGGCGCCCCCCGUAGAAUGUGAGAGCAUGUGAGAUUUCCACUCUUGUCUUUGGUGAGAUGCAGCCUCACUUAACGACUGAACAACGCGCGCUACUGUGGUAUUUUUUGCACUUUUUUCCCGCUUAGAAUGUAAAAACCGCUCAAAGUGGAGACUUUUGUUCAGCUUUGGGGGAUGGAGGGAGAGGGGGGUUGGGAGGUGAAACCACGGCAACGUCUAGGUGUGGCAGCGAACAAGACAAAAUGUGCCAUCCGCGAGGAAACCGCGCAUCGUCACCUGUAGAUACAAAACUGCUGUUACACAACUGUUUAUUUUCUUUGUCUUUGAAAUCUCGUGUAUCUUCAGAAAAGGGGCGUUUUUUUGGGGGAGGAGUCAAGAGACAGUGCUGCUGGUUCGUUCGAUAGUUUCAAUUCAAACGAUAAAUUGUCGUACUCAAAACAUUUGAGUGGUUUCUAUGCAACCUCCACUGCUCAGAGGUACAAACUGAAUCUUGACUCAACCAGGGAAUGUGAAGGGAAACAUCGAGUUUGUUUUUGUGUCCUCCACUAAAAGGUUUGAACUAGGGGCGGAGCUACGGGGGAGGGGCAGCAAAAAGCUUUGCCUCGCACUUGUCAAGAUUAGUAUCAUUUUCAAAAAAUAUUAAGAAAUUAUCAAAAAAAGCUUCUUUAAGAACUACAAAAAUAACUUAAAAAAUACAGUGUUCUCCUGUUCAUUCGCCUUUUUUUUUUUUCGCUCUUUGGUCUGUUAGAAAAACUCGGACAACUCAAGUGAAAUUUUUGCUUCUGAAGGAGGUGCUGCGCUGUGGAGGUGUAUCUCCGCGCAGCAAACCCCCAAACCCCUCUCUGGAGCGCGGAAGAAGCGUUGCUUCCAUCUCCAUGGCCCUGCAUAGAGAAAUGGCAUCAGCGGACUCAGAGGUGGCUAAAAAUAACAAAUAAAAACUGUGGAUAUAUUGAAGAAGUUAACCGCAGAGAAUAAUUUCCCUCCGCAGCAGGUGUUUAUUAUUUGAUUUAGGAGGAACUCCUGAUUUUAAGGGACAGACUGACACAUAUCUAUGUCAUAAACUACACUGUGGUACAGUAUUUUGUUCUGAAUUAAAAAAAAAAACUAAUUCUAUUUUAAGCCAUACUUCAAUUUUCUUUAAUAAAUGUUUUACAAAGCAUAAUUAGAAGUGUUUUUGCUGAGUAUAGAUCAGUAACUGACAUCCUUUAGACGCGGGGGAGGGAGGUUCUCCAUAUUCGCAGAUUCGCGGAUUUCGCGGAUUCCGCGGAUCCGCGGAUUCCUCCAUAACCUCCGCAAAAAAAGAGGGGGGAACACUGUAUUUUUAAAUUAUAUAAAAACAAUAAUAAUUAUGAAACUAUAUUUUUAUACCCCUCCCCCAUAUGAAAUGUUCAAGCUCCGCCCCUAGUUUUAACAUUAUUUUUUAUUGUUUAAGCCUGCCAGACUAUUUCAUGUGUUGUAUCAUAUUUGUUUACAGUACACGUGUACAGCUUUCUUUUUAUACACAUUUAUUGGUUGUUUACAACAUUUAAAUGGCUUGAAACUCAAACAUUUCAUGUUUUUUGUGUUUGAACACACAAAAAUAUUACAUCAAAGUAAAAAAAAAGUAGUUGUGCACACUCCCCACUUUAAUGACACUGAAAUCGAAUAAGAUUCGAACUGAAAUGAUAGUAAUUCUGAGUGUUUCUGUUGGGUUUUAGUUACGUUUGUACACCUGUGCUCAUAUGUGUGUGUGUCCACAUUUUCUCUACGUCUUCAUUAAAGUGCUGUCUAAAAAUGUGUCGUAACACACAAAAACACACACUGAUGCCACCAAUCUGUUUUCAAGUUUGUAAAUACAUGGGCUUUUUUUAAAAACUGGGAUUUGGGGGAGCAAUAGGUCUUUUAGCAGACAUAAAAACAUAUUAAUAUUAAUCAAAAUGUGUUGGAUGAAUCACAAGAGGAGACUGAUUUUCCUCUUGAUUGCUGUACAGCAGAUGGACCAAAAGGAAGUCCGUCUCAAAAUUUGCCCGACCCUUUACACCAAACCGGAGCCGAACGCUCCUCGGAACAAGAGAAUUUACUCGUGCUCACACUGGAUGUUGCAUGUUUUGUUGGUGGUUCAUACUAUUUUUGUGUCCAGAUAUUAUUGCAGAAAAAUAAAAUAAGCCGAGAAGGAACUAGAGAAAGUUUUAGAGUAAAAAUAUCAUAGAUGGGGAAAGGGGGCGGGGUGGUAUUUAAAGCAAAGCUAUAACUACUGAUGAUGUAUGCUGACUGUACAAAGAAUAUGCUCGUAAAACCUGUCUGGUUUUCCACUUGUAAAGUAAACAGAAAAAUUGAUUUAUUGUCAUGGUUUUUGUGAUUGUAUACAAGGAGGUAUUGAUGAAUUAUGCAAAAAUGUGCUGUAAAAAUGGCUGUUGGCCCAUGUCUAAAUAUUAAAUAUCAGUAUAAAGUAAA